AUGCAUUUCAACCAUUCUACUCCUUGUCACGAUUCGCUCUGUGUAGACACUACAGUCACCCAAGAAAUCAAACAGCUCGAAAAGACGCCCAUUGCCAUGGUGUCAGUACCAUCUAUCCGGUCUCGCACCCCACGAAGCAAGAUUUCCAAAAGAAAACAAGUCAAAAACGCAUGUGUCAAUUGCCAAAAGGCUUGUAAGAAGUGUGACGAAGGAAGACCCUGCAAACGUUGUGUCAAGCUUGGUCUGACUGAAACCUGCAUCAAUUCUCCCAGAAAGGAGCGUAGAAAGGGUGUCAAGAGAGGUCCUUACAAGAAGCGUCGCCACCAUCAAGCUGUUGUCAUUCGACCCACAAACGAACGUCAAUCUCAGGAAAUCGUUCCACCUAUCCUAACCAGCCCCGCUGCUCUUUCUGUCACCAAAGAGUCUCCUUUAUCCUACCUCACCAUCCCGUCUACAUUGAUGUCUCAGCAACCCUGGCAGCCAGCCUACGCUUCGCAGACAAUUGAGCCCGUCUUUGGAAUCGACAACCAAGCAUUCUACAUUGACCAAUCUGUCAAGCCUGAACCUGAAGAAUUCUAUGCCGACAGCCACUUUUUUGCCACCUCUUCCACUCCACCUCUCUCUCAAUCGCCCUUGUCCGCAAGUGAUCCAUUAGAUCUCUAUGGUCUGGGCAACUUUUUUUCAGCAGCCGCGGUAACAGCAACAGUAGCAGCCGAAGCAGGAACUGAGGCGACUGAAGCAGGCCUACCAUCAUCAUCGUCAUUUUCAUCGGCAGCAUCCUAUUCAUCUUCAUACUCAUCAUCUUCUCUCUCGCCCCUAUCCAUCACACCUACCUCCCAGACAUUCCCCAACCAGCCCUUUUAUCCUACAGAAGACCUAUUUGUCGCCACCCCCGUUGUGCCGUCUUCCAUUCCUCCUUUAGUAGAAAACAAUACAACAUCAGGAUCAUACGGCGCAAUGUUGAGUCAUGGAAACAGCUUUUACCAGCCAACCGACACCAGCCUUUUGUUCCCUCCUACCAGCCCUACCGAUGGCAGUUUUAGUGUUUCGAUGGCAUCCAACCCUAACGCCCUCCCAUCUUGGUCAUCAUCAGCAUCAGCCUAUGUUCCAAAUCUGUCACAGCCAAUAUACCAAACACAGACCAUGCUGAUCCAGAAGCCAUUUACUCCCUGGUUAGACCUCAGCCAGACCUUUCAGGAACCAGCAUCGUCUUGGCAAUCGUUUAUGACCACCUCAUUCAUCUAAGAAAUUUAAUCC